UUUGGAAAGAUGUGAUGCCGAUGCUCCCAGAAGGUAAACAUUGUCAAGACUGAGGCGUCGUGUGUCUCUCUCUCCUUCACUCUAUAUUUCACCUCAUUAUGGACAACUCCUCGUGGACAGCUCCCCCAGGGGCGGCUCAGCCGAUGGGGAUCCAGUCUACAGCAGGAGCCGUCCCCAUUAUGAAUGAUAAAGGUGAAGUGUCUAUGAAGAAAGUCAAAGUACAACGCUAUGUGAGUGGCAAGAGACCAGACUACGCUCCGGCUUCAUCAGAUGAAGAAGAGGAAGAAGAUGAAGAUUUCACCAGACCACGAGGAGCUGCUCCUCCAUCUCCACCCCAACACAAGUCUCUUACUGAGGCAGAGAUGGCAGACCCCAGGUUGCGGCGGCUUUUGGCAAACCAGCAGCAGCAUGAACAACAACAACAACAACUACAACAACAACAACAGCAACAACAACAACAACAACAACAACAACAACAGCUACAAGAAGAGAGUGAUGAAGAAAUGGAAACAGAUGCACCUCAUGAUAGAGUUAUACAUCAGGCAGAAGUUGUAGAAGUAAGUGAGGAAGAAAAGGAAGAAAAAGAAGAGGAAGAGGAGGAAGAAGAGGAUGAACAGAAAGAGCCUACAAUGAGACCAGAAAUGAGAACAAGCCAUCGUUUGGCAGAGUCUGACAGUGAGUCAGAAGGUGAGGUGGAUGAAGAAGAACUGGCUCUGCGACGUCUCAAUCUCCGUCAACUAGCACUGCAAAAGAUUCAGCAAGAGGAAGAGUUACUAGGUAAAGAAGAUGAAGGAAGUGAAGAAUCAUCCGAGGAAGAGAGUUCAGAAUAUUCCGAGGAGACUGACUCCGAAGAAGAGGGGCCAAGAUUAAAACCCGUAUUUGUACGAAAAAAAGAACGAGUCACAAUACACCAGAAAGAGCAACAGCAAGUAAAGUUAAAGCAGCAAGAAGUAGAAAAUAGAAAACGGAUAGAAGAACGUCGCCGUGAGACCCUUCGUAUGAUAGAACAGGAACAUCGGCAGGCAGCUAACCUGCGUAAUGCUGUAGACAGCAAUGAUCCCAUGAAUGCCAUCAAUACAGAUGAUGAAGCAGAUGAUGCGGAAUAUGAAGCCUGGAAAGUAAGAGAAUUACGAAGACUAAAGCGAGACAAGGAGGAACGUGAUGCAGCUGAGAAGGAGCACGAAGAAGUUGAAAAAUUGAGAACUAUGGGAGAAGAAGAAAGAAGAAUUGAGCUUCGAAAUAAUCCAAAGGUCAUCACCAAUAAGGCCCAGAAAGGCAAGUAUAAAUUCUUGCAGAAGUACUACCACAGAGGUGCUUUCUUCUUGGAUCAAGAAGAGGAAGUGUUCAAGAGGGAUUUCUCCGGUGCAACGCUGGAAGAUCACUUUGACAAGACUAUUUUGCCCAAGGUGAUGCAAGUGAAGAACUUUGGACGCUCAGGACGCACUAAGUACACUCACCUGGUGGACCAAGAUACAACCUCCUUUGACUCCCCAUGGGCUUCAGAUUCUCAGAUGAACCAUAAGUUCUUCAAUGCCAACGCUGGCGGCAUGAAGCAGGUAUAUGAUCGACCGUCACUGAAGAAGAGAAUGGCUGCCACUCCAGCAACAAACAAUGCAAAUCCCCGAAAGUAGAUGCGUUUUAGCAUGACUGAAAUAAAAUGUUUUAUUAUUAUUAUUAUUAUUAUUAUUAUUAUUAUUAUUAUUAUUAUUAUUUCUUAAAUGGGAAAGUGCUAUAUCCAUGGGUGCAGUACAGCACUUGGAGAAGAUGAUGUGAUGUAACCAGGUUUGAUAAAAGGAAAAGGAGGGUAGUUCCAAUUCCUUUGAUCAAGAGCCCUUCAUUGACAUCAUGGCACCCCCUUCCUUGAAAGGAAAAUAAAUUGUAAAUAUUAUAUUGCAACCAAAAUUUUUUGGGUAGGGAAUUAUAUAAAUACAAAAAUUGAGACAAAAAUUCAGUUAUUAUAAGAAAAAAUUUGUCUUCAUCUUUAGAAUUUUGUUUGUUAACUGUAAUUUAUUUAAAAAGUUUUGUUCUAUAUUAUGGUUUUUAAAUGGUACCAAACAAUGUGUUUUGUUAAGGACAUUUUAUUCACUGUGUACAGAGUACUAUAAAAAUAUGAAUACAUGAUCAUGAAAGAUAUUUGAGU